AUGUCCAACUUGAAAAUUAAAGUAAUAAGUCGUAACCCAGAAGAUUAUCUCCGUUCCACUAAAAGAGAUAUUCAUAAAAUUCCUAGGAAUUAUGACCCGAGUCUGCAUCCCCUUGAGGGUCCACGGGAGUAUGUCAGAGCAUUAAAUGCGGUGAAACUAGAGAGAGUAUUUGCGAAGCCUUUUCUCGGCAGUCUUGAUGGUCACUCAGAUGGCGUAUCCAGUUUGGGCAAGCAUCCUAGCCGAUUAUCCGUUUUGGCCAGUGGAGCUUUUGACGGUGAGAUCAGAAUAUGGGACUUAACAAGUCGUAAAUGUACGAGAAAUUUCAUUGCACAUGAAGGAUGGGUUCGCGCUAUUUGCUACACACCAAAUGGUCAACAGUUCAUGAGUGUUGGUGAUGACAAAACAAUUAAGACUUGGAAAGCUGAGAUUCAAGAUCCCGAUGACGAAGAUCCUGUUAAUACACUUCUCAGUAUGUCAGUUGUAUCUGGCAUCAGCCAUCACAGAGCAAAACCAAUAUUUGCUACUUGCGGCGAACACUGUCAGUUGUGGGAAAAUACUAGGAGUGAACCUAUCAAAGUAUUUCAAUGGGGAGUAGACAGCCUGCAUCAUGUUGCAUUUAAUCAGGUAGAAACUAAUCUGUUAGCAGCAUGUGCGAGUGAUAGGAGCGUUAUACUUUAUGACUUCCGUGAGUCAGGUCCUCUUAGAAAAGUAGUGAUGGAACUGAGAUCAAAUGCACUGUCUUGGAAUCCCAUGGAGGCAUAUAUAUUUACUGUAGCUAAUGAAGACUAUAACCUAUACACAUUCGACAUCAGAAAACUAAGACAACCAGUGAAUGUUCAUGUCGACCACACAUCCGCAGUAAUUGAUGUGGAUUAUGCACCGACUGGAAGAGAAUUUGUUGCUGGUAGCUACGAUAAGACUGUUAGGAUAUUUGAGAGUCUUAAAGGACACUCCAGAGAUGUUUAUCAUACAAAGAGAAUGCAGAGAUUGACUUGUGUUAAAUGGACAUUGGAUAAUAAAUAUAUUUUGACCGGUUCAGAUGAAAUGAAUAUAAGAAUGUGGAAGGCUAGAGCUUCAGAAAAACUUGGUGUUCUCAAACCUCGAGAACGUACAGCUCUUAAUUAUUCAGAAGCUUUGAAGGAGAAAUUCAGUGGACAUCCACAAAUAAAACGUAUAGCACGUCACAGGCAUGUACCGAAACAUAUAUUGAACGCUCAGAAAGAACUUCGUACUAUCAAAGAGAAGAACAAACGUAAAGAAGGCAACAAACGCUCCCACAGCAAACCUGGUUCUGUGCCAUUUGUACCUGAACGUAAAAAGCAUGUCGUUAAAGAAGAUGAGUGA